AUGAUCAAAUAUAUCUGCGCACAUGCAACAAACGCUACUUAUUGCAUCCGAACAUUGAAAUUAAAUCCAAGUAUCGCCACCACAGACCUCCGUUGCCUGGCGGAGUACACCAUUGGAUUGACAGGUAACAGUUGCCUAGAAACUUUACCGAUUGUCAAAGGACAAAAGGCUCGAUACACAUCGUGUCUCGGAUCCUAUGAAAUUGCUAUGGGGUACAUAGAAGCUUGUAUUAAAUCAAAUUACAAAGGCGAUUAUCAUAGUGUGAUGGUUGAUGCAACAUUGUUCAUGUUGAAUAUUGAUGAUUGUGAACAACAGUUUAAUACGCCGCCAUUUGAUCCGUUUCUGCUCCCAGAAAGGAACCAAAAUUUGAUUAAUCUUGCUAGUAUGGUUGCUGAGAUUGCUACAGAAAUUUUUGGAUGA